GAGACAGGAGGAAACGCGCAGACGAGAGGAAGAACAAAGGAGAUUAGCAACACUUCAAAAUGCUGAGAAUGCAUCCACAUCCUACGUUGGUCAACUAAAGCAAUGCCCAAAAUGUGCGAGUAGAAUUGAGAAAAAUGGUGGAUGUGACCACAUGACAUGUAGGAGGCCGGGAUGUGGACAUCAAUUUUGCUGGAUGUGA